CGGACAGGGUGUGGACCGCUGCGCUAUACAUGAAGACCAGAACGCCUUUGGCAAAUUUGUUUUACUGUCCUGUGUUUAUCUGAGCAGUGGAACCUUUCUUCUCUAUAGCUUUCGACUGGACCUCUCCAACGUCUUUGUUCUAAUUUUCACAUCUGUGCCUUAUUUAGAGUACUCAAAAUGUUUUUGGCCAAAAGACUUAUUGGAGGGAUCCUGGAUGUUGUAAGCAACAUCGAUCCUGGACAGUUUGUUCCCUCAGACCCUCCUCCUCCCAAAAGACCACUGGCAUAUGCAAAUCAGAAUGAAUCUGAAGAGGAGAAGCAGUUUCGCAAAGUGUUUAAACAACUUGCAGGGGAUGACAUGGAGGUUAGCCCAAAUGAGCUGAUGAAUAUUCUUAACAAGAUUAUCUCCAAACAUGCUGAUCUGAAGACAGAUGGUUUCACUAUUGAGUCCUGCAGAAGCAUGGUGGCAGUAAUGGAUAGUGAUAGCACUGGAAAGCUAGGCUUUGAUGAGUUCAAGUAUCUUUGGAAUAAUAUCAAGAAAUGGCAGGGUAUUUACAAGUCUUUUGAUGCAGACCGCUCUGGUUUAAUUGGGGCUGACGAGCUACCUGGAGCAUUCAAAGCAGCAGGCUUCCCACUUCAUGACCAGCUUUUCCAGCUGAUCGUCCGACGGUACAGUAAUGAAAGUGGCAACAUGGACUUUGACAAUUUCAUUGGGUGUCUUGUGCGUCUAGAUGCCAUGUGUCGUGCCUUCAAUACGCUUGAUACAGACAAAAAUGGCACCAUAAAAGUAGACAUUCAAGAGUGGUUGCAGCUGACUAUGUACUCCUAAAUGAAGAAGAAUAUUCUACAACAUCUUGAUUUUAUUCCGAAGUUAAUUGCCAUUUUUCUUUUUUUGUGUGUGUUACCUUAUUGUUUGUUUCAAUGUUAGUUUGUUAGCAUGGCAUAAACCUACGGUGCCUUUACACUAGGUGGCAGCUUUGUUGCAAUGUUAGACAGAGUGUCUGCAUUGUGGUCUCUAAAGGUUCAGUUUAUGCCAUAUUUAAUUCCAAAGCAAGUGUGGAAUCUUCCCAUUUAUUCAGCAACUUCAUAGUUUACAAACAAAAAAUAAUUAUGUGUUUGAGAUAAUAGCUUUUAAGAACAUUCCAGUUGCAUAUUAAUCACUGAAGACAUCAAUGAACUGACAGCUUUGCAGUGUAUAAUAUUAAGCUGAAGUGCAAAUAAACAUUAUUUGUUCAAGACAUACAAAA